CCUUGCCUUUCUCUCGCGAGCUCUCCCUCACAGGGCAGAGAGAGAAGAGAAGAGAGAGAGUGACGGAGGGAGAUGACAGUCUGGCAAUAUUGGGAGGUCAAGCAAAGAUGCCCUUCUGUUCUAUGUCUCUGUCUUACGUCUAUAUAUAUAUAUAUAUAUAUAUAGAGCACUCAUUUCUUUCCUCCGAAUUUUGGCUUUUGUUUUGAGCCUUUCCGUCUUCCAGAGAGACAGAGACUUAGGAUUUGGGCGCCAUGAGUCUCUUCGGUCUUGGAAGCAGAAAUUCAAAAACUUUUCGUCCGAAAAAGAGUGCUCCAUCUGGAAGCAAGGGUGCUCAACUACAAAAGCAUAUUGAUGCCACAUUGGGUAGUGGAAACUUGAGAGAAGCUGUAAAGCUGCCGCCUGGUGAAGAUAUUAAUGAAUGGUUAGCUGUAAACACUGUGGAUUUCUUUAAUCAAGUGAAUAUCCUUUAUGGCACUCUUACGGAAUUCUGCACACCAAACAACUGUCCAACAAUGACUGCAGGACCAAAAUAUGAGUAUAGAUGGGCUGAUGGCGUCACAAUUAAGAAACCUAUAGAGGUAUCUGCUCCAAAGUAUGUUGAGUAUCUGAUGGAUUGGAUUGAAUCUCAACUAGAUGAUGAAACAAUUUUUCCUCAAAAACUAGGGGCUCCCUUUCCGAGCAAUUUUGGAGAUGUUGUUAAGACAAUUUUUAAGAGAUUGUUCCGUGUAUAUGCUCACAUAUAUCACUCACAUUUCCAAAAGAUAGUGAGUUUGAAGGAAGAAGCUCAUCUGAAUACAUGCUUCAAGCAUUUUGUUUUGUUUACAUGGGAAUUCCGUCUGAUUGAUAAAGCAGAGCUCGCCCCUCUCCAGGACCUUGUUGAAUCUAUUAUACAAUUAUAAUGCUGUUUUUGCAUCCCUUCUCCAUUUUAGGGAGGUUAAACUUCGAAAUGUUGGGUGCAGAUCUGUUUUUUGCGUUUAUCUUGCCCAUGUAAAAUACUUGAUCAAUGAAAGGUUUCUAUUUGUUCAGUGGUGAUUGUUCAAAUGUUACCCACA